CUGGUAUAAAUCUGCAUUAUUCCUUUGAUUUAUGUGAGCCGGCAUGAUCCUCUUUAGUUGAAGAUCUGAGCCAGAGUAUGGGAAACAUACGUGUUAGCCAGGGAAGACUGUAGUAGGUUCUAAUUGUUGUGCUUACUGCUUUCAUAUGGAUAUGGAGUGUUUUGAAGUUGACGUGGUCCAAAUUAGAAAUUCUCAAUUUUCUAUUUGCAGUGUCAAUAUCAUGCUAAGUGGAACACUAUCCUUCAUUUAGGGGUUAUGUUUCGUUAUUGCUUCAUAGGAAAUGAAGACCCAGUUUCCAUCUGGACUGUUAAGCAAUACUGAAACUUUGAGGGAUAGAAGUAUUUCUUUAAAGGGUGAACUGACUGUAUGUGCAAAGUGUCAUGCAGUUAAAAUGUUUAGCUAAUUUAGAACUUAUAUUCAUUUAAAUUAAUCAGACUGAAUAUAUUCAUGUAAUGCAGCUGAAUCCAGAUAUUUAGGGCAUGUAAAAUUAAGUAAAACAAUGAUUUAUAAAAUAUUGUCACUUGAAAGAGAUGAGAGAUGCAGUCCUUUUCAAAUAAAAAAUGAUAAUGCCUUUCACUGGGAGAAGGGCUUUUACAAAGGGUCUUUCAGCUGAGGAUCUUGCAACUCUUGAAAAGCUGAAUUAGGGCUCAACACUGAAGCCUUUAUCAAAUGAACAGUCUGAAGGGGCAGGGAGCAGUCUGACAAUUUGUCAGCCAUAGGACUGGGCUCUCGUGCCUCGCUGUGCGAGGUGAGGCAGCUUUGCUUUCUAUAAUUCGCAGAAUGAACAAGGAGGAUGUGCCACGGUGCGACUUGCCUAAAGUUACACCACAACUCUGUGGCUAAGUUGUGGGAUAAAACACCCUAGCAGGCUUGUAUGUAAAUUGCAAUUUCAUCUUUCUCUUGUGGUUGGGAAGAAUAACAACUGUAUUGAAAUUUAAACCACAAAGAUAACCUACAAAUUGCAUGGAAAGACAUGAUUAUCCUGGCUGGUUAUCUUGGUUGAAAUGAAGAGAUACUUUUCGAAAUCUGUUGAGAGAGGGGCAGGGAAGCAAAAGGCUAACUCUGUAAAUAUUCUGACCUGAAGACCAGUUGAGCCAAGUUGGUUGUAAGCUAAUAAGUUUUCAUGUAAUAGUCACCACCUUCCUUUCUGUCCCCCUCCCAUCAGAAUGAUUUUACCAGAAAAAGAUGAAAUGUGUGUUGGAUAUAGAUAAAUGAGUUAUGUUUAGUUAGAGCCCUACUCCAUCUUCUGUGCAUCUAUUUCUAGUGAUUUUACUGUUCCCUGUCCUUCUGUCUGGUUUAUAUCUUUAAAAUGCAAUAAGGAAAUCUGCCACAAGCAUGCUUGGAGAACCUGAGAAAAGCACAGUUUUGCACAUUCAGAUGAAAGCUGGUGGCAGUGCUCAAUCUCACCAUUUCAUCACAGUCAGAUACUAUAAAGCAAGAACAUCCAGGUUUGUAUAUGCUAGAUUUUAAAAGGUAAAACAAAUGUCAGUGAUCUGCUGUGCUUUGCAGAAUUAUUGCCAUAAAUAGGCGCACUCUCUUGUUUACUUGGAUGACUCAUUUAUAAGUCUAUGAUAAAGUAUAUAAAAUUAAUUAUGUGCUCUUACACCUAACUGAAAAAAAAAACCCCAAUUUCUACCAUUGUGCUAAUGUAUGUAAUUGUUUCUUUACAACUAGAAACCAGAUCCUUUUUCAUUCAUGUAUAUUUACUCCAGCAGUUUAAUUUAUGGAACUGAGGUUUUGGGGGUAAGGGAGAGAAAAAAACCAUUUCUUACGUUGUUACUGGAGUUGGGAUGUACAAGUAUGAUUAUGUAAAAUCUGUGUCUGGGUGGCUGUUUGUCCUUCCUUGCAGAGUAUUCUGUUCUCACUGAGUGGGAGGGUCACACUGUGAGACUAAUAAGGACAGAGCUGCAUCCCCCUCUACCACUCUCUGGAGACUCACUCCAGUAACUCCUUGGAGCUAUAGCAGCUCUGUACAGGCAUUUUCGGUGCUUCUGGGAGAUGUACUAACACAAAAAAAACCCUAAAGAUUUGUAGCUGAUUGUUCACAUGUGUCCAGGGAAAGAUGAAGUACACUGGAUCCUCCAUGGUUUGGCUUUGUAUGGCCGUGUUCUUCCUCCUUCAUGUUUCUACUUCUGUGGCUGUCAGUGACCAGAUAGGUGCUGUAUGUCCUUUAAUGAAAACAGUUGUCCAUCAUCUCAAACAAAUCGACCGAGACAGUCUUGAUGUUUCAGGCUUUGAUCUGGCAGAAAGUUUUUCUUUGAGGCAAACAUCUUGUGGAGGGAAAAGAAUGUGUUUUAAACUGGGAAGUGCACCUCUCGUCAGAGACACAAAGCAAGUAUUUCCAAAUGGACUUCCUCAAGAAUACUCUCUAGUUGCUACGUUCCGUUUACGGCGAAAUACCAAGAAAGAGCGUUGGUAUAUAUGGCAAGUUUUAAAUCAGUAUGACACACCUGAGAUCUCUGUCCUUCUGGAUGGUACAAAAAAGGUGGUGGAGUAUAUGACCAAAUCUGCUCAAGGAAAUAUACUGCACUACACUUUCAAGAGUCGAGAAAUUUAUCCAUUGUUUGAUCGACAGUGGCAUAAGCUUGGUAUUAGCGUACAGUCGGGGAUAAUUUCCCUUUAUUUGGAUUGUAAUUUAAUUGAGAGAAAGCAGACUGAUGAAAAAUUCACCAUUGACUUACAGGGAAGGACUCUGAUUGCUUCUCGUGCUGCAGAUGAUAAGCCUGUGGAUAUUGAACUUCACCGUGUAGCAGUUUAUUGUAAUCCAAAAUUUGCAGCUGAAGAAACGUGUUGUGAAAUAUCUGCAGACCUAUGCUCACAUGAGGAGAGGUUACUUGCUACAACUUCAUCACCAGUGACUACUCAUGCCAGCAAAAUAUACACGCUUCCAGGAGUGCAGCAGGAUACUAAGGAGAGAUGCCACUGCUUUCCAAAUAAAGGAGAAGCAGGAUUGCCAGGAGUAGCUGGUUUGCCUGGCCAGAAGGGAGGUAAAGGUGAAAAGGGCGAAAUGGGUGUCAAAGGACAGAAUGGUGUUCCUGGGCUUCCUGGAGAAAAGGGUGAACGUGGCUUGGAAGGUAGUAAAGGUGAAGAAGGUGAAAAGGGUGAAAAGGGAGAUAAAGGAGAACCAGGACCAGAAGGCAUUCGUGGAAGAGAGGGACUAAAAGGUGACCCUGGUAGUCCUGGUGUGGCUGGUCCUAAAGGAGAAAAGGGAGAUGCAGGACCUCCUGGACCAGCUGCCUUGAGUGGCUUGCCAGGGCUGGAGGGUCCCCAAGGUCCACCUGGCAAAGAAGGUCAAAGAGGAAGAAGAGGGAAACCAGGCCUCCCAGGAAAACCAGGGCCACCAGGACCUCCUGGUCCUUCUGGAUUAAAAGGAAUUCUGGAUUCAUUGAACAAGCAUUAUAAUGAGAGUGAUACAAGACUACUAGGAUUACUUGGGACCCCAGGACCCAAAGGCCAGAAGGGAGACAUUGGUCAAAAAGGAGAAUUGGGAAUGACUGGCACAAAAGGAGAAAAGGGAGAGCCUUCUGAAAAGGGGGACAAGGGUGAUCCAGGAGAAGUUGGUAUGGAGGGAUCAAAAGGAAAUAAGGGUGAAACAGGAGACCCUGGACCACCUGGUCUUAGUGGAAGUCCAGGAUCAAAGGGACUGCAAGGACCUCCAGGACCCGUGGGGCCAAGGGGACUGCCAGGAGAAGUUGGUUUACCAGGAGAGCACGGGCAACCGGGAUACCCAGGGAUUAAGGGAGACAAGGGGGAGCCUGGUGGGAUUACGGGACCACCUGGACUUCCAGGUCCAAAAGGUGAUGUGGGGCCUCCUGGACUGAGUUUGCCUGGAAGACCUGGCCCCAUUGGUACUCCUGGAAACCCAGGUCCACGGGGACCAAAGGGAGAAAGAGGACUACCUGGUGUACAAGGAGCACCUGGGGAGAUGGGGCCCCCGGGAAUAGGCAUACAGGGAUCACCAGGUCCUAUAGGUCCAGCUGGAUCAGCAGGUGUGCAGGGCCCUAGGGGACCCCCAGGAUUACCAGGAGCUCCAGGCACCCCUGGUAUUAAUGGCACUCCAGGAAGAGAUGGAAAGCCAGGACUACCAGGGCCUCCAGGUGAUCCUAUUGCACUGCCGCUUGUGGGGGACAUGGGUGCUAUACUGAAGGGUGAUCCCGGCAUAAGAGGUCCUCCAGGCAUCCCUGGUAGGGAAGGGCCAAAGGGAAGCAAAGGUGAACGUGGAUUUCCUGGGCUUGCUGGAGAGAAGGGCGAUGAGGGCCUUCAAGGUGCUCCUGGACUGCCUGGUAUACCAGGACCCAGUGGACCAUCCGGAGUGACGGGAAGACCUGGACAUCCUGGUCCAGCAGGGCCAAAAGGCGAAAAGGGUAGUGAAGGUUCUCCUGGAAGACCUGGACCACCUGGGGCUCCGGGUAUACCUUACAAUGAAAGAAAUGGAAUGAGCAGCUUAUAUAAACUCCAGGGCGGUGUGAGUGUUGCGAGUUAUCCAGGUCCACCAGGACCUCCAGGUCCAAAAGGAGAUCCCGGCACAGUGGGAGACCCUGGACCAAUGGGAUUACCAGGACUGGAAGGACUUCCAGGGGAAAAGGGUGACCGUGGACCAGCUGGCGCGCCAGGAGUAUCAGGGACACCGGGAAAGCCAGGAUCUCCCGGAUCCCCAGGGAUGCCAGGGGAACCUGGUGAAAGAGGACCUAUAGGAGAUAUAGGCUUCCCUGGACCAGAAGGACCACAAGGAAAACCAGGAAUCAAUGGAAAAGAUGGAUUGCCAGGUCCUCCGGGUGCUGUGGGGAGACCAGGAGACCGAGGGCCCAAAGGAGAACGUGGAGAUCAGGGUAUUCCAGGGGACAAAGGUCCGCAAGGUGAACGAGGGAAACCUGGCCCAUCAGGAGAGAAGGGGGAUGUGGGCCCUGUUGGGCCACCAGGAGACAGAGGCUAUCCAGGAUCACCAGGUCAUCAGGGUCCCCCUGGCUCACCAGGACCCCCAGGGUUUCCAGCUGAUGGAGUUUCAGUUGAAGAAAUCAAAAAAUAUAUCCAACAAGAGGUUCUUAAGGUUUUUGAAGAAAGGAUGGCUCAGUUUGUAUCCCAGCUGAAGCUGCCUGCUGCCAUGCUUGCCUCCCAAGCUCAAGGAAGACCAGGGCCCCCAGGAAAAGAUGGGUUACCAGGGCCACCAGGACAGGACGGUUUGCCAGGGCCACCAGGAGAACGUGGAAUUCAAGGUUAUAGAGGACAGAAAGGGGAAAGAGGUGAGCCUGGAAUUGGACUACCCGGUAACCCUGGACCACCCGGCCCUGCAGCUAUCGGCCUGCCGGGCCCACCAGGAACACCAGGAUCACCCGGACCCGAGGGGCCGCCUGGACCCAGUGGAAGAUGCAAUCCCGCAGAUUGCUAUUACCACAUAUCACAGACUCGGUCACGCACUAGUGGAAAAUAAAACCCCUCUCCCCUAGAUGCUUGGGUUCACGGUCACUUUUCACACUUCUCAAUGAGUUAAUUUAAUCUUUCUAAUAUUUGGUGCAUAUUUUUCCCCUUGACACUGCAUAAUAUAUAGAUAAUUUAUAAAGUGCAGAAUUGAGCCUUUCUCUAUGUUAUUUGCAGUGUCAUAUUUAUGAAAGGAUGACAUUUAUUUUCCAGAGUGCAUUCCAUGUGUUAUGUUUCUCAUAUUUAUUUUGCUUAGAGGAGAAAAUAGGCCCAAAUAACUUUCAUAAGUUUCUUUCUUCAGACAAAAAGUAUAUUAUUGUUACUUAAGACAGUAUGUAAGCAGGCUUUGUUUUUCUUGCUGGUGGCAAAGCUUAAGUGGAGAAAAUGCAUUUCUGAAGUCUUAAAGUGUACCUGUUCGUGGUGAAUUCAGAACCUGAGCCGGAGCGCUGGAAACUCUGUUUGGAGUAAACAUUCAUUUUGGAGUAAAGCCCAAGGAGGCUCCAGCACACCUUCUGAACUGGAUCUGUGUCAUGCACCUCGAAUGCUGCCCACCAUUUCAGUCACUUCCUAGAUGUUGAAGAAGGAAAUGAAGAUGGUUUUGGUCUCCCUCUAAUCCCAUCCAACAUUCAGCUUCAGACUGACUGGAAAUUCACCAGCUGUAGCCGUGACAAGUGUUUCUCUAGACUGGAUGUUGUCCUAACUGAGGGCCUGUACAUUCAUUGAGUCAUGGUUACGUUAAACUCUAGAUAUUAAGCCGUUAGGGACUGUGGUGGUGUUCCUAGCUGAGAACUGGCACAUUUUCUAACUGUCAUGUGGACUUAAUAAGUGUAGCAUCACUACCUGGAGUCAAGCCACUCUACCAUUUUGUCUGCUUACAGCAAAGAUGACUUCUUGCUUUAGAGCAGAGGUGGUGGGUACACAGUGAGACAAUCAAAGAAUGAACUUCACAAGCCUCUGAUCUUACUGGUGGCACAGUUUUCCUCUUCCUCCUGCAGCAGACGUGCCAAAAUAAGCUUGAGAAGAACGAGAAAACAGCCAAACGCAAAAUUCACAGGUCCUAAUAACUGGCGGUAAAAAUCAUCUGAAUUCAAGAGAAAUUCAGAAAAAAAGGCAAAACCCUCCUUGGAAAGGGGACAACAUGAGAGAACAAAGAGAACACGAUUGCUGCGUUUUGCAGGCAUUCAGUAAAUCCUACAUUGUCAACCAAGAAUGAAACAGAAAAAGGGUAAAUCAUCUAGAGCUCAAAGCAUUAAGCAGAAGGUGGAGAAAAUCCAUCAGGCAGAAGCUGAUUCUGCAAAGGAAGGAGGACGGUUGGCCGAAGUUUCUCUCCUGAUUAUUAGGAGACAGCUGAUCCUAGGUUAGUCCUAGGGAAUUUGCUACAGUGCAAUAGAAAGUGAAGGUGCUAUUGAGAGAACACGGACAGCUAUAACCCUCAACCUCAAAAUAAAUCUGUCAUAAAAAAGCAGUAGUGAGGGCUCUUGCUCCUCCAUCAGGAAGCCAGUGUUCUCUUCCACUGCAGGCGGGGAAGUGGUUUGGGUGACUUCGUGCUUGGGCAGUGCUGAGCUGCCAGGGUAGCAUUCCCAGACUGGAAGUGUUGGGUUCCAGAGAAGCUGUCGUGAGACACAGAUCUGUGUGGCUUCUGGGUUUUGCUUAAAAACAGUUAGGAAUGACUGGUGGGAGUCAAAAAAACACCAAUCAAAUAAAUAGCUGGGGAGUGCCUUCAGGCACAAUUUCUGAGGGAAAGCGUACCUUCUUGACUUGUUAAUCAGCUAGAUAUUUGGAGGGAAGAAGGUGCUCAGCAUGAGAAAGAUAUUUAAGUAAACACAAAGAUUGAAGGUUGAGAGUAAACACCUGGGACAGGAGAGGGCAGCAGGAAGGAGGACAAGCAGAAAACCUGUGGUGUACCAUGAAAUCAUCUCCUGAAGUGGAUCUGUGAGCUGGGGACCCCGUGGGGAUCAGAAUGCUUUGUCCUUCAUGAGGAUGGGGACAGCCAGGUCAAAGCCCACAGGUGAACAACCGUCCUCACACCUUUUCUGCAAUAAUUGCCCCUUCUUUAGGCCAGAGCAUCCUCUGCUCUGUGGGCAGUGGGCGCCCAUCCCACCGGGGUGAAGGUCUGUUUGGAGGAAGUGGUCCUGCCUGUGAUUAGCUUAAAAUGCACUGCUCCCAUUCCAGACCUGUGCCCAUGGAGCAUGUCUUGGUUUGCUCUGCAGCGCUGGCUGCUUAUCUAGAUCUGGUCCUCAGAGCGACGUAGCUGUGAGGAUGCUGGGAGCUGGUGGGGCAGCUUGAAACCAAGCACUGGUUUGCUCUGGGGCAGCUGCUGCUGCCUGGGCCACAGGUCUGCCAACCUAGCAAGUAGUGCCGGAGACCUUGCGCCGAUGCAUAUUUUGGUGUAUGAACACCAGCUGGGGAACGGGCCCCACAUACUGUUUUCCAUUCAGUCCAAUGAACUGCUGGUCAGGUAGCUUGCAUGAACAUUUUUUCGAUUUCUUUUUACUUCUCUAGUAUUCCAAUAUAUGAAAAAAAUCUAAAUAUUUUUUUACUUCCGAGGUUAAUUUUAAACUUAAUUUUCUGUGAUAAUAUCAAAAAGGGUGCUGUCUUGUAAAGGAUACCUGUGUGGCUGAGAGGUUUCCAAGCAGCCCCCAUCCUGGAAGGCUGUACAUAGACUAUUGUGCCGCAUAAGCGAUAUGUGUAUAUUUUGGGGCUUUUAGUUAGUUGAAAUUGAGCAUCUGUUAUUUGUCAGAUGCAAUUGCUGUAUGUUAAUUUACUUGAACUUAUUGGAAAGUAAAACACUUUUUAUAUUUGAAGAAGUUUUAUUUUUUCAUCUAUGUUUCCUACAGAUGCCUUUUUCUUUUUAUAGGCUCAAAUCUAAAGGACUUUUUAAAAUGUAUUUGAACACUUUCAAUUGAUUCGCAGGUAACUUUGAUAAUUAUCUUGUUGCAUUACUUUUUCUUUUUGCUAAAAGCCCACUUUAAUUUUCUCAUGUGAGAAAACGGGUAUUUUAUUAUAUAGGCUAUCUUGAUACCUUUUUAUAGAUGCCGCGUUCUUCACUGGGGUAGAGCAGAGUUAAUCCCAGCUUAACUUUACUUCACACUGGCUUGCUCCUACUCUAUGUCUUUAGAAUUGAAAGCAGAAUGCAGUUGGAAAGAUGCUUUUACGUGGUUUUCAGGUUUGGCCCCUGAGAUUUCUUUACAGUUUUAGACUGAUGCUGUUUUAGCUUUGGGGGGCAGGGCUGGGGAGGGCAGAGGAGUGCUAUUUUGCAAUUUGCUUUAUUAAUUUUGCAUCUCUUUUGAGCGGUCUGUGCUGCAGUAAGCAUUGCAAGGAACUAAACACAGAGGGUUAUUUUUUCCAGUAGCGCACAAUUUUUUUUUCUGAUUUGAGAAUGCUUACAUACAACAGGAUUUUGAACUGAAAUAAGUUUGGAAAAUGUUUUAAACCUUUCUUAAAAGCCCUCUAAGCUUUGCUCUAGUUCAGAGUCAAUUAUAUUUUAUGGCAGGUUGCUUUAUCACCUACUUAAGAAAGUGUUGGGGUUUUCUUUAAAUAGCUAUGUACAAAACUACUCAGUUUGCUUAAGGGAAGUAAUAACUUGGGGACUACUCUGAGGCUGCAACAUUCCUCCUUUUGUCCACACGAUGGAGUUCAAGACCUGUUUUCAGGACAAAGGAGAAAACCGAGGCUGAACUCGCUCAGCAGCGCAAGAAAUGACCCAGUGCUGUGUAGACUCACAGCCAGGAGUUAAUGUUUCUGAUUUUGUUCAUGAGCCUCCCUUUUUUUUUUUUUUUACCCCUAAAAUAUUUAAUUUUGCAUGGCAGUAUUUGCAGGAAUUCUGCCUUUCUUGGGUUUUUUUUUGUUUUGUUUUGUUUUUUGCAGGUAAUAUUGCUUAGAUUUAGAUAUUUACACAUUAUAGGAGAACAUGCAGUAACAGGACGUGGUGCUUUCAGGCAUAUUUAUGUCCAGUGUAAUGCUGUUUGUCUCUAGGGGAGCAGGGAGUCUGCUGUGGUUAAAGAAAAUUUACAAGAGCAUACUUGGUGCAGCCAAGUCACAGUGCAGCCUACUUGGUGGUGUUUUAAAAACCAGCAUUUUUGUCUUAAACUGGAUUUGAUUUCAAAGCUAAAAGAGCACUAUGAUAUUGAAACAGGAUUGAUUGUAUUAUCCAUCCUCCCUUUAUGUUUUAUGAUUGUGGAUUAUGGCAGAUGCUUGAUAUGUACAGCUUUGUUCAUUAAGCAUAUUUUUUAAACAGUGGAUAAUCACGCAAAACAUUUUGGCAUUUUUUUCACAAGGUUGAAAUACUAUUUUUCAUGUCAGCAUAUGCUUGAUUUUCUUUUCUUUUUCUGUAAUGUUUACAUAAAAGUCUUAUGAAAACCCCAUGGGCUAAACUAGCAUUUUAUGAACUUAUUUUCUCUAAAUAUGCUACUUAAAGCCAGCCCCUAAACAUGCUUUUUACUAAUUCAGUAGAACUGCUGCUCUGAUUUGACAUGUUCAAACAUGAGAAGUGUCUCAGGAAUCAAAAUAGUGUUGGGUUUAGGGUUUUUAUAUCAUGUGUUUGUUAGAUUCUGGAUAUACCAAGUCAUAUAAAUUUUCCUUGAUAUCUGUUAUGUCCAUUAAAAUGAGAUUGUUCUCGAUGACUGUUUAAAUCAAUCUCUGCAUACGCAGACCAUGGAGAACAAGUUUAACCGUGACCUUGCCUUGAUUGCUGUUUAAGUGGAAAAGUCAAGUUUCACGAUACCUUAAGGAAAUGUGAUUUUCAAAUACUAAUUGCUAACAAAAACUAGAGAUUCUAGACCAAAAUAAGUUUAAUAAGUGGCUAAAAAAGAAUGUAGCCUACAUGUCUUUUAGAAGUUUUAUCUCAGAGUCUGUAGUUCUACAAAGAUGAAUGCAUUUAACUAUUUACUGAAGUUUCAAUGUAAAUAUAUUCUGUUUCCAGUGAUUAUAUUUGAAGGAUUUUCAAUGACUUACCGUAUUUUAUGGUUUUCUUUCAUUUCUGAAUAAUAUGCAGCUGUCACUGAAUGAAUCACAGUACGUGCCGUCUGGUUGCUUCUCUCCCUCGUUAUAUUUUUGGUUUGCAACCUUUAAGGUUCGAUUCAAUGGAAAUAUAUUAAGUGGAUAGAAAAUUGCUUUUUAUAUUAUUAUGUGGCCAUUUACAUCUAAAAUAGGAUUGCAGAUAGAAAUGGAAAUGUGUCACAAACUUCCUGUAUGAGGUUGUGUCAGUAAUUGCAACCUUUCCUUCCAUGUCAAAUCACAAAAGGGAGGAUGCAAGUGUGACGGAAAGAAAGGAGAGGCACAAAGCCACCUCAGGGUGCCCCAUGGAGCAUUUUGCACUGGGGGUGCAGGGCUGGGCUGGCUGAAAUCAGGGGUGGUGGUUGCUUUUGGCCACACCAGUGUCAGACUUGUGCUUCUUACAGGCUGGUGAAACUUCAGGUUCCACAUUCAGGAGGAAAAAAACAUGACCAUAUAUAGGUAUAGAUAUAGAUAUAUAUAUGCACACAGAAAGCUAAUAUAAUCUCUGAAUCAGAUAUAUAAUAUUCCUGUCUGAAUAUGAGAUAAUCAUGUAUAUUAAAGAAACUGAUCCGCUGAAUUAUUUAACUUUAGGUAUUUCCAUUGUUCUCCUGCUGCCUAACUUGCCCAGGAGAAAAAAAAAUGGUAACUCCCAGAUCAAUGGCAUUUUAAAGGAUGCUAGGUAAUGAUUUAACCUCUGAAUUUGUUUUCUUUUUUUAACAUUUCAAAGUGAUUUUACCAAGUUUGCUUCGUCUGUUGUCCGAAGCUGCUGCAGUUUUAUUAGUUCUUGCACACGCAAGCAAAACACAGCAAGCAAAACAGUAAAACUAAAGAUUGAGAAGAGGGGAAUGAAGCUGAAGCUGUGACAAAUCGAAUGGCAAUAACGUGCCCAACAAAAUAAAGACAUUUCUUCUUUAUCUGUGAUCCAUGAGCAGGAGAGGUGUGCAAUGACUGCAUUUUAAGUAUAAAGGAAGCAGGGGCUGCAUGGCCAAAUACGAAUACAAUGAUGAGCACGUCAAGCAAACGCAUUGCAUCCAGUUAUUCUAGCAAUUUUAAAACAUUUGCAAAAAUGCAGCAUGUGUUUGUACAUGGAGCACAACUGCUAGGCUUUGCCUGGAGGAACUAACACUGUUGUCCCUGGAACUAAAGGACUCGGUUUCUUGUUCCCUUGGUUGCAGAUCCGUGUUUGGCUUUCUGUAAACUCAUAUUAUGACUAGGGUAUUCAAGGAAGCAAAAUCCAGCAUAAUCCUCCCCAGCCUUGCUUUCUUGCCUUGUUUAAGUGCUUCAUCUUGUGCUGUAGAGCCAUCCCUCAUCCUUUGGCUAGAGAGAGACUUUGGCCUUUGUGAAUUAUUCACAAGAGUGUUUUUUGGUAGCAGUUCAUACCAGGUUGAUUUAACCUAGUGAUGGCUGUGACAGAAAACUUUAUAUAAACUCUCUAUAAAAUAUAGAUGUUUAACAUAUACAUAUAAUUACAGUAUUCAGCAGCAGUGUUACUAAUACUAGUAGCCUAGUAGGGAAAGCACUGCAGUGAGCACUUUAAAAUUCCAGAUUGCAUUGUGAAAAAUUGGUAAUAAAUUUUUGAGGACAGUUGUUGAACAUUUUUCUCUUGGUUCCUGCCUACACUUAAGUAACUGGAGGGCUAAAAUAUGUGUAUAUCUCAAUGCAACUAAACCUCCAGAGUUAAAAGAGUGGCAGCAGAGAUCCUGAUGUCCUGGUCUGUUGUUCAGAACAAAUCUUGUCACAGUACAAGAUGUUGAACCAGAAGGAGUUGAGAACAAGAUUUACUCGGGACUUCACCGAGAUCACAAGGAGCAUCUGGUUAGAAAGGGCAGCACACUGUCAGUGGCUUGUGAAACCUCUCAAUCUUUUUACUUCGUGCUUUCUAAAUACAUUAAUUUAAACUGGCACAAUUUUUUCUUUAUCACCAUAGUUGAUACACCUUUCUUUUAAAUUCAUAGUUCCAUUAUUUUCCAAAUCUUUAUUUACUUGAUGAACCUUUAUUUACUUAACAAAUUUCAGUUCCUGAUAUUUUUUCAUAUAUGUUCUACCACUCUUCAGAUAAAAUUUUUCCAGUGUUGAACAAGAUUCAGAAUUGGUAAAUACUCAGAUUAACCAUUGUGUCCCAUGCUGGCUUGCAAUGUGCCUGAGGAUUUAUCCUUCAAUUCUGUAUUUUAAAUUAGAACUUGCAAGUCAGCUUGAAAGCAGAGAAUCAGUCACAACCUUAAGCUAUCCACUUAUAUGGGUUCUGCAUUGAAUUGGCCCUCAGUGCUGAAUGUGUUUGAUUGUAAUAAUUCUUAUUUGCUUUUUACAUAUGAAUAUUUUCUCUCAUACAUGAGUUUCUUUCCACUGUGGAAUUUUAUGCAUUUUUCAGCCUGUAUGUUUUAAAGCACUUCACGUUUGUAUUUAAAUGUUGGGGUUUUUUUGCUUCUUUUCAUUCAUUAUGUUUAUGCGUUACAUAUGGAAAAUAAUAUUUUUAUUCUGUUAUCAGUUGGGGUUUUUUUCUUUGUAAAAAUUUUACACACUUUAUAGUCAAAAUAAAAGUUUGCUGGUGAGACUGCAGUUUGUCAUUACCACUGACUGUUUGUUGUGCUGUGUCACGAGUACUUUUGACUAUGCCCUCAAUCAGCAAAAAACUGACCUAAUUCUAAAAUUUUAUGAAACACCUCCAAGUGUGAACAAUCUAAUCAACCUUGCAUGCAAUUGUCUGGAUUAAUUUCUUCAGAAUUAAAUUCUUUGCCUUCAUCCAAUUUGAUGACUUCUUGUAGUACUACAGUAGGAGAUGUAGGUUAUGAAAGAGUUUGGCUAAACUGGAGGUGCAGGAAGACUGUUGUGCCUCAGCUUUGCCCUGUGUCUCUGGGAAGGAUGCCAGAUUUCUUUUUGCCUAUUUUCUUCCCCCAUCUUUUCCCUGAAAUCUUAACCCAGUGCUGCUUCUGUGGCACUAAGCAGACAGCAGUAGGCACUUGUAGAUAAGACUUGCUUGUAAAGAGUUAACCUGUUUUAUAUUUUAUAAUUUAACAUACUGGGCUGUGCAAGGGAUAUAAAGAAAUUAUGAAAAUUAAACCCAUUUAACUUGUUCUCAAAAAUCUCUAAUAAAUGUGGAAAUAUACCUUCUUUUAGUAGGCACCUUAUCACACAAUUAUUCCCAGGUGAUCUCUAUUUGGGCAUUUUCUGUCAACACGUGGGGUGCCGGAGGAGGAGCUCUUAAGUGCAGAUACAGCAUGAGCUUUGUUUGGGGAAAGACUUACCUAUUGUCUGUUUUCAAUAAUUCCUUUUAGAGUAUACAUUAUACCAGUACAUGUCUCUUUAUACCUUGCAUGCAAAAUGCAUAGCUCAGUUGAUGAUGUUACUUCUUGUUCUCACAUGGCAGAAGUCAGCUCUUUUGAACACAGACAAUGAAAGGCUAAGAUAAAAAGCAAUGCUUAAAGCACGUGUUAUGAAGUCUGUAUUGGAAAAUGUGGAUAAUUAAUAGCAAAAUGUAAAGAAACAUCAUAGAAUGGUUGCAUUGCCACCUUUGAGAGAGAACAGGCUUCAGAGAAGGUAAAGUCAAAACCACAAAUAGUUUAAUUUACAGAGAAAGAAACAAAAUGUCUGCAUUGCACAUUUUCCUCCAAAACUUGCGUUAUCUAAAAACGGCAAUUUGGGAUGUGAAAUGGUGGUCUUCUAGCUGUUCUGUUUAUUGGUAUUGAAUGUAAACAUACAUACAAAAACAUAUAGGGGGUUAAAACAUUAUUUAUUUGUAUGUUUUUUUUCUACAACCACAGAUGUUACUUCAAAAUUUGUAAUCUCUACUGUAAAACUUGUUUUAUUUCUGAGAAUUGAACAUUCCCUUGACCUUUUAUUUUAAUUCUAGCCUUUUCUUUUAAUUUCACAUAGAAGGAGAGAAGCUGGAAUAGGCUUCACACAAAAUUACAAAUGCAACACACACUGGAGUGGAAAAUGAAGAGGUUAUUCCGCAUGGUUUAGUCAUGAGAACCCAGCAGUCAUACCUUCGCUGAGAUUUACAGCAUAAAUGGUAGCAGGUUUUCAUAAGAACAGCCUCCUACCUCUGUUCCUACAGUUGAAUUGAAGAGCUGAUGGAGUCUUAGCAUAUCGGGUCCAGGACAUACAUAGAAUGAAAUGACUGUGCAUAAAGU